GACCGGUGGGCCGACAUGUGCGAGGACGUGGGCAACGCCGGCCUCGGGAGGCCGCUCUCCGGCGGCGCGCUCACGGGCGAGACCGGGUGGUACGCCACGCACCAGUUCGCGCUGGACGCCAUCUUCCACGCCCGGGUGCGGCAGUACGGGUGCCUCACCAACGACUCCUCCGCGGCGGCCGCCGUGUUCGUCCCGUUCUACGCCGGCUUCGAGUUCGCCCGCCACGUCUGGGGGUACGACAACGCGGCGCGCGACGCCGCCGCGCGGGACCUGGCGCGCUGGCUCGUGCGGCGGCCCGAGUGGCGCAGGGCCGGCGGCCGCGACCACUUCCUCGUGGCGGGGCGGACAGGGUGGGACUUCCGGCGAGACGCCUACCCCAACGCCACCUGGGGCACCAACCUUUUCCUGCUCCCGGCCGUCAAGAACAUGACCUUCCUCGUCAUCGAGACGGCCACCAUGGGCUGGGGCAACGACCUGGCCGUGCCUUACCCCACAUACUUCCACCCGCGAACGGACUCCGACGUCCUCAACUGGCAGCACAGGAUCCGGAACGCCGACCGCUGGUGGUUCAUGUCCUUCGUGGGCGCGGCGCGCCCAGGCGACCGGCGCUCGAUCCGGUCGCAGGUCAUGGACCAGUGCCGCGCGUCGCCGGCGUGCCGGCAGCUGGGGUGUGCCUCCGGGACCGCCCAGUGCCACUACCCGGGCGACAUCAUGGUGCUGUUCCAGAGCUCCACCUUCUGCCUCCAGCCGCCGGGGGACUCGGCGUCGCGGCGGUCGACGUUCGACGCGAUGGUCGCCGGCUGCAUCCCGGUGUUCUUCCAGCCGCGGUCGGCGUACCUCCAGUACAGGUGGCACCUGCCCAAGGACCACGCCACUUACUCGGUGUUCAUACCGGCAGAGAGCGUGCGCACCGGGAACGUGAGCGUUGAGGCGGAGCUGAGGAAGAUACCGGCGGCGGCAAUAGAGAAGAUGAGGGAGGAGGUCAUCAAGCUCGUGCCGAGGCUGGUGUACGCCGACCCGAGAUACAAGCUCGAGACGGUGAAGGACGCGUUCGACGUCGCCAUGGAUGGCGUCUUGGAGAGGGUGGCGGAGCCGGCGGAGAGGCAAAUAGGGUCCUACUGGCGGUGAACACCGGUGGUGGACCCAAGUUUUUAAUCUUGUUCUAAAGUAAAACGUAUUUUAAGAUAAAUACUAGGUAUAGGUUUGUUAGGAAAUCAAGUUGCUUAGCGUUCGAUCUACCAAGCCAUGUUGAAUGAUGGUAAAGACUUUACUACCUUAAA